AUGCCCCUCCCAGUUACCAAUGCUUCUUCCUGUCCUCCACCGCAUGUUCGUCUGCUGAAUGACGCAGAGUUCGCCCAAUGCCUGUUAAACGUCGACUACGUGAUGUGGCUCGCGUCAGAGGGCUUCUUCCAGGACGAGGCGUUUCUUAAUUAUUUGAAGUACCUCGAGUAUCUCCGUCAACCGUCCUACUUCCACCUGUUGGUCUACCCAAGUGCCAUGGAUAUGAUAAGAAUUCUGCAAUGCCCAUCAGUUCGACAGCAGUUAUUGAAGGAGCCAACUGCAGCUCGAGCGGUCCUGCAGGAGCAAUUGUGGUGUGCUUGGGGGCUGCGGAAGGAAGAAGAGUUGAACCAGAAUGAUGAAGUUGAUGAGGAGAUGCUGAAGAGUGAAAUCAUUCAAAGUGAAUAA